GUUUUCUACGUGUUCCUCGGCGCAUUCUUAAGGAAGAACAGUAGUUUGCUAGCUCAGGCGGGACCAUGCUGACUCGGCUGAAAGCAAAAUCAGAGGGGAAGCUUGCCAAACAGCUAUGCAGAGUUGUGUUGGAUCAGUUUGACAAACAGUAUUCGAAAGAACUUGGAGAUUCCUGGAGUACAGUAAGGGAUGUUCUGAUAUCUCCAUCACUGUGGCAAUAUGCUGUUCUCUUCAACCGAUUCAAUUAUCCCUUUGAACUGGAAAAGGCCUUGCGUUUGAGGGGCUAUCACACAGCUCUUCAAGGAGCUUCACUACAUUAUCCUAAAUCAAUGAAGUGUUACCUCAGCCGAACUCCAGACCGAAUGCCUUCAGAACGACAUCGGACUGGAAGAUUGAAACAGUACUACCUGCUUAAUGCUGCUUCCCUUCUCCCAGUACUGGCUCUGGAACCGAGGGACGGGGAGACAGUCCUGGACUUGUGCGCUGCUCCUGGAGGGAAAUCCGUGGCUCUGCUGCAGUGUGCUUACCCAGGUUAUCUUCUCUGUAACGAAUAUGAUCGCCCGAGAGGAAGAUGGCUUAGACAGACGCUGGAAUCUUUCAUCCCACAGCCUUUGAUAGAUAUAAUUAAAGUGUCUGAAUUGGAUGGCAGAGAGAUGGGAGCUGCCCAGCCUGCAUCGUUUGACAAGGUGUUAGUUGACGCUCCAUGUUCAAAUGAUCGAAGCUGGCUGUUCUCGUCAGACUCUCAGAAAGCAGCCCAUAGGAUCCAUCACAGGAACAGUUUGCCUGUCCUCCAAGUAGAGCUCUUAAGGUCUGCAAUUCAGGCCUUACGUCCUGGAGGGUUACUCGUGUACUCUACAUGCACACUUUCUAAGGCUGAAAAUCAAGAUGUGAUCAGUGAGAUCCUGACUUCCGACAGUAACAUCGUUCCUGUGGACAUUAGUGGGAUAGCAAGGACUUUCUCCCAAGACUUCACGUUUGCCCCCACUGACCAGAAAUGCAGCCUUUUGGUGAUUCCUGUCAAGGGCAAAGCUUGGGGCCCGAUGUAUAUAGCCAAACUGAAAAAAGGCAUGGAUACAGGAAAAUGGCAAGGUGAAUUUUGUAAGCCAUGCUGAGGUGUUAUUGUAUGUAUAUUUUCUGAGCUCCUCACCAAGUGUUAGUUAUGUACAGCUUUUAGCUACUGUGCCUUAGUUCUGUAAAUGGGCCACACUACCAGUCCCCACUCAGCUUCCCUUGAAUUCACAGAUAAAAGACACACAUACUUGGUUGUUCCUUUUCAGCUUGCCUUCUUGGCACAAUUGCUGUGCACUACUAUCUCCUACCUGGAAAAGCAUGCCCUUAUCAAUACUCUUAGCUCCGCAUCUCCCACUCACCCUAAACAUUAAUUGCAAAACUCCCCUGACCACCCUUUGAGAGCAGCCUGUGUGGCCACUCCAUUUUGCAAUCUCAUAUGGCUGGUCAACUUUUCUCCAUCAGAAGACCAGUGAACUCUGUCUCUCCUUCCUUGCAUCUGUCUCUUUUCCUCCAGGGGCCAGGAAGUCCUGCCUAUUCCUUCCACCCAGCAAUUGGCCCAUGCCUUC